AUGGGCAAGAAGAGCACCAAGGCCGCCGCGGCCAAGAACGAUGUCGCAUCUGCGCCUCCGCCAGGCCAGCUCAUGGAUUUGGUAGAGACCUUCCUCUCUGACCACUCGUUCAAGAGCGCUGCCGACGCUUUCAAGAAACAGCGAGAGAAGAAGGGCUGGCAGGCGGCUGCUGCCACCGAAGACAGCCCUUCCCUUGUUAGUGUCUUCCAGACCUGGGAGGCUACCAAUGGCGCCGACAGCAGCAAGCCCAAGAAGUCCUCCAAGAAGGCUUCGAGCGACGCCAAGGAGGAAGACGUCGACAUGAAGGAUGCUGAGUCGUCUUCUGAGAGCUCUAGCGAGAGCGAGGAGGAAGCUACCAAGUCUACACCUUCCAACAACCUCAAGCGCAAGGCCCCCACCGAUAGUUCCUCCGAGUCUUCCUCAGAGUCCGACUCUGACUCUAGCUCUUCCGAUUCUGAAUCCGAUUCCGGCAAGAAGCCUCAGGCCAAGAAGCAGAAGCGCGCCUCUUCCUCAAGCUCCAGCUCUUCUGAGUCCAGCGAUUCCAGCGACUCUAGCGAUAGCGACUCCAGCAGCGACUCCGACGACGAGAGUGCUGAGUCGGAUUCAGACUCUGAUUCUGAUAGCUCUGACUCUAGCUCCGACUCCAGCUCUGAUUCAAGCUCCGACUCCGACUCUGAUUCCGACUCCAGCGAUUCCGAGGGUAAGGCUGCUGCCAAGGUGCCGCUCCCCGACUCUGAUGGUUCAUCUUCCGACUCUGACUCCGACUCUUCGGACUCCGACUCCGACUCCGACAAGAAGGUUAAGAAGGAAAAGGUCAAGAAGGAGAAGGAGACCAAGGACUCUUCCGAUUCUUCUGUUACAUUAGACAAGACCUCACCCGAGUUCCAGUCAAACCUGCCAAACCCACCCCUGCCUCCGGAGCCUGUUGUCAAUGGACGCAAGAAGCAGAACGAGCCCUUCUCUCGUAUUCCCAAGAACAUCAAGGUUGACCCCAAGUUCGCCUCCAACGAAUACGUAUCCAUCAGUUACUCUCAGCGAGCCCAUGAAGAUCUGAUUGUGACCAAGGGCAAAGGUUUCACCAAGGAGAAGAACAAGAAGAAGAGGGGCAGCUACCGUGGUGGUGCCAUUGACAUCGCCGACAAGAAGGGAAUUUACUUCGAUGAUUAG